UCUCUUUCUCGCCCUCUCACUCUGCUUGUUAUUUCCCUCCAAAACCAACUGAAGGAAUGGAAACGCAAAACCCUUGAAUGUUGAACAAAGCUCUCUCUCGUUCUGCCCUCUUGUUCCUUGUCUUCUAACAAGUUUCGAAUUCAAAUUAAGCACAUACUUGCAAGGAACAGACUCUACAUGUUAUUUAUGUUCAAGAUGAAAUCCUUCCUCGUUCCCACACUUUCAACGUUUCCUUCUCAUUUCUCCAAAAACACGCCUUCCCUUUGCCUGGGGUUCUCUGAAUCCCUUCUCUGCAAAUCGUCGUCCUUCCAAAACUUUAACUCUCUUUACCUUAAACCCCUCUUUUCUUCUUUUCCUUCACAAAUUUCGAGUUCCGUCCAUGUUUCUAGUUCUCGAAUUGACACACCCCCAUCGCCUUUCGGUGAGAUACACGUCAUCGUGGGUCCGAUGUUUUCCGGGAAAACCACCGCUCUCCUUCAUCGAAUCCAGACUGAGAGCAACAAUGGCAGAAGUGUAGCGAUAAUAAAAUCGAACAAAGAUACAAGAUAUGGAUUAGAUUGUAUUGUAACACAUGAUGGGGAGAAAUUGCCAUGCUGGGCUUUGCCAAAUCUAUCAUCAUUCAGACGGAAAAUUGGAAUUGAUGUUUAUGACAAGCUGGAUGUUAUAGGAAUUGAUGAAGCUCAAUUUUUUGAAGACCUGUAUGAUUUCUGCUGCAAGGCAGCUGAUCAUGAUGGGAAGAUUGUCAUUGUUGCGGGCUUGGAUGGUGACUACUUGAGAAGGAGUUUUGGUUCUGUGCUUGACAUUAUUCCUCUUGCUGAUUCUGUAACUAAGCUAACUGCUCGAUGUGAGCUCUGUGGAAAGCGUGCCUUCUUCACCUUAAGGAAGACAGAGGAGACACAGACAGAACUGAUUGGAGGGGCUGAAGUCUAUAUGCCAGUUUGUCGGCAGCACUAUGUCAAUGGACAAGUAGUAAUUGAAGCUGCAAGGGUUGUCCUGGAAUCUCAAAGGAUUAAAUGUGAUUCAUACCUUGAAGCAUCUCCAUUAUCUAGCUAAUAUAAUCUAUACUCAGCCUAUUAUAUCCUGUUGUGUGUUUCUUCAUCUUUCAUUCCUUCAUCUAUAUCACAUGGCAGUGUUGAAGUUUUUGUGGUUUUCUUAGAGGAUAUUCACUGUAUCCCCUCUUGAUAUGUAUAUUAAUUGAAAUAACAGUUAUCUAAGUGAUUUGAAUCGUCAUUUAAGCACUUCAAUUUCUAUUAUAAGCAGAACAGGAAAUUAAUAAUGAUCUAUGGUGAAAGUUUAGGUAA